UGUAUCAGGUAUUUCCGUGUCAAGAAAUCACUUGUGGUAGGGUUUGCCUCUUUUUGUUUUAAAAUUCUAUCAAAGUUUUAUACAUUAUCUCUUUUGACUAAAACGUUUUUUCAGGUGCCUGUUUCUUUUUAAAGGUUUAUUUUUUUAAAAAAUAAUUAACCUCUUGUACAUGAAGUGUUUUUUCCAAUAGAAAGAGAUUGUGUGUGUGUCUGUGGUUUUAAGAUUUGAUGAUUUGUUCUUCCCUUUUAAUAAUGUUUAGUUAUUGGGAAAAAAUUGUGAACUGGCUAGUAUUCUGAUCCCUUUAAAUAUGUCUGGGUCCACAUAUUUUUACUCUUUGUAUACACUCUGAUUAGCAGGUUGAUUUUGUUUCUUCAUUUGCAGAAGUUGGAAAAGCAUGCCCUGAACCAACACAUGGAUUUGUCAAGAAAUUGGAUGAACCUUCGGGAUGCAGAAACAGGGAAAAUCCUCUGGCAAGGAACAGAAGAUCUGUCUGUACCUGGAGUGGAGCAUGAAGCCCGAGUUCCUAAAAAAAUCCUGAAAUGCAAAGCAGUAUCUCGGGAGUUAAACUUUUCCUCAGCAGAACAAAUGGAAAAAUUCCGUCUGGAACAGAAAGUUUAUUUCAAAGGGCAGUGUCUAGAAGAAUGGUUCUUUGAAUUUGGUUUUGUGAUUCCUAACUCCACAAACACUUGGCAGUCCUUGAUAGAAGCAGCACCUGAAUCACAGAUGAUGCCAGCUAACGUUUUAACUGGUAAUGUUAUUAUAGAGACCAAAUUCUAUGAUGACGAUCUUCUCGUAAGCACUUCCAGAGUGAGACUUUUCUACGUUUGAGAUGGGGCUUUUUGGAGCUGUUUUAGUUUUCCUCCAUACAGUUCUUGGUGCAGAACCCCCCGACUAUCCAGUGGAAGACACUCCUGUAGGCAGUGACCCUGGGGACCAGCUCAGCGUGGGUUGUGACCUUUGCCCAUCAGUUAUUUUGUUUUCUCCUCUGACAAGACCAGACCAAAUCCUCAGAGACGGGGCCAUCUGCUCAGCGAUGCCCUCAGGAAGAGAGGCUGUCUCUGAACACAGGCAAAUGAUGGUCAUGCAGAACCAAUACUGUAAAUUUAUGUUAGUCUCAUCCUUUCUACUUCUCUGGACCCUGGUAUAAUCUCCCAUUUCCACUCAUACCAAACUCUCAACGCUUUUCUUUUGGGGUUAACCUUUUCAUUUUUCACAUGUUGUAGAUUUUUAUCCUUUCGCUGGAUUUCUGUGUAACUGGUCCACACAUCCUCUUACCCCAAACUUGUAAAAUAGACUGUGAUAUCACCUAAUGUAAUUAAAACAAAUUUCUCAAUUAAAACAUUCCUACCGUCCAAAGAAGGGAAGAAAUGU